ACAUGUGAUAAACAUAAACACACCCAUAAAUUUCAAAAGAGAAAACAAUAAAUAUCCACGAAGUGCCCACGAAAAAGCCACGAAAGAUAAUAAACAAAAUAUCAAAUUACAGAUCUAAAUAAGAUGCAGAACUUCCUCAAACAAAGAUAAAAUAAGUUCAACAGCAUGUCAUGAGCCCCCACUACAACCACUACCAACAUGAAUGUUUUAAGAACCUUGUCACACCACGCGGCCCGCCGCCCCGGGGCCCUACUCUGGUUCUCUCCACGGCGGUUUGAGUGCAAGAAGAAGAAGACUGAGGAGUGCAGGAACCCCAUCACACCCUGCGAUGUCGCCUUCAUGGAACCAGACAAAAAAACGUGCUUCGACAUGCGCAACGUGACGCUCGAGCGCGCCUCCCAGCACCACGGGAGGAUGAUCAGCUCAUUCCUCAACAAUCAGCACUGGCCGCGCGAGCCCACCGUCACCAGCCUGUAUCUUCCACCAGACUCACGGUACCUGCAGGUGCUGAGUGAGAAAUAUGCCUAUAGCGGGGACCGUCUAAUAGCGCUCGAAAAGAAUGACCGUACGGACGAGCGGCGUCUGAUUGGCGUAGCCGUAGCCAAUAAGAUCUUCCCGUGGAUGGCCAAUGAGCUGGAGGAAUGGGGGCACAGCACCACAGACAAGGCGGAGCGACACCGCAUGUUCUUCCAGGCCCACUGCUACCGACAUCCCAACCUGUUUAAGAAGUAUAAGGUGGAUUAUAUCUGGGAUAUCGAGGUCCUGUGCACCGCCUCGGAUGUCUCGGGGCACGGCGUCUGCUCGGUGCUGCUACGUCACAUGCUGGAGGAAGGAGUCGACGCGCGCCAUCCCCUCGCGCAGGUCACCGCCACUAGCACUUACUUAGCUGCAGCCUGCGAGCAUAGCGGUAUGAAGAAGGAAUGGAGCAUGAACUACCAGGACUUCGUGGACUCGGCCGGGCAGCGGGCCUUCUACCCGAGGAAGCCACACACCAGCGUCAACAUUUACGUACAGAAGUUCAAGCCUAAAGCCUUCUAUUGCACAUGAAAGCUUUAUUUCCAUGAUAAUCAGCACUUGACCAAGUUACAAAUAAAUCCACUAGAAACGGAAA